GGCGGGCGGCCGGCCCGGUGCGGGAGCCGGGCAGCGGCGCGGAGGCGGAGGAGAAGGAGGCGAAAGAGAAAGGCAGCCUGGAGGGAGGGAGCGCCGAGCCACAGCCUAGCACAGCAAAUUCUCCACCGUCCUCUAGCACCCACCAAGCGGCGGCAGUGGCAGUGUCUAGGAAUAGAGAGCUAGAAAUAUAAAAUCACCCCGCUCCUGCACCAUGGCUUUCCAAAGUAGGCUCCCUUCUUGGAUUAUUUUGUGCUCCGUCUGGCUGUUCCGCUUUGCACACACGGGGGAGGCACAGGCUGCAAAAGAAGUAAUACUGCUGGACUCUAAAGCACAACAGACAGAGUUGGAAUGGAUUUCCUCUCCUCCCAAUGGGUGGGAAGAAAUUAGUGGACUGGAUGAAAACUACACUCCUAUACGAACAUACCAGGUAUGCCAGGUGAUGGAAUCAAACCAAAACAACUGGCUUCGGACUAACUGGAUUGCAAAAAGCAAUGCACAAAGGAUUUUUGUAGAACUGAAAUUCACUCUGAGGGAUUGUAACAGUCUUCCUGGAGUUCUGGGGACUUGUAAAGAAACCUUUAACUUGUAUUAUUAUGAAACAGACUACGACACUGGCAGGAAUAUCCGAGAAAACCAAUAUGUAAAAAUAGACACUAUUGCAGCAGAUGAAAGUUUUACCCAGGGUGAUCUUGGGGAGAGAAAAAUGAAACUUAACACAGAGGUGAGAGAAAUUGGACCUUUGUCCAAAAAAGGAUUCUACCUUGCGUUUCAGGAUGUAGGGGCCUGCAUUGCUUUGGUCUCUGUCAAAGUCUACUACAAGAAGUGCUGGUCCAUCAUUGAGAACUUAGCUAUUUUUCCUGACACAGUGACUGGCUCAGAGUUUUCCUCUUUAGUUGAAGUGCGAGGAACUUGUGUCAGCAGUGCGGAGGAGGAGGCGGAGAACUCGCCGAAGAUGCACUGUAGCGCCGAGGGAGAAUGGUUAGUGCCUAUUGGAAAAUGUAUCUGCAAAGCAGGAUACCAGCAGAAAGGAGACACGUGUGAACCUUGUGGCCGUGGGUUCUACAAAUCCUCCUCCCAAGAUCUGCAGUGCUCCCGCUGCCCUACUCACAGCUUCUCUGACAAGGAAGGAUCUUCCAGAUGCGACUGUGAAGAUAGCUAUUACAGAGCACCUUCUGAUCCACCAUAUGUCGCAUGCACAAGACCUCCAUCUGCACCACAGAACCUAAUUUUCAAUAUCAACCAGACUACCGUGAGUUUGGAGUGGAGUCCUCCCGCUGACAACGGGGGAAGAAGCGAUGUGACCUACCGCAUUUUGUGCAAGAGGUGCAGCUGGGAGCAGGGCGAGUGCGUUCCCUGUGGGAGUAACAUUGGAUAUAUGCCCCAGCAAACUGGAUUAGUAGAUAACUAUGUCACUGUCAUGGACCUGCUAGCUCACGCUAACUACACGUUUGAAGUUGAAGCUGUGAAUGGGGUUUCUGACUUGAGUCGUUCCCAGAGGCUUUUUGCAGCUGUCAGUAUUACCACCGGCCAAGCAGCUCCCUCGCAAGUUAGUGGUGUAAUGAAAGAAAGAGUGCUGCAGAGGAGCGUGGAGCUUUCCUGGCAGGAGCCAGAACAUCCCAAUGGAGUCAUUACUGAAUAUGAAAUCAAGUAUUAUGAGAAAGAUCAAAGGGAGAGGACCUAUUCAACAGUGAAAACCAAGUCCACUUCGGCUUCUAUUAAUAACCUAAAGCCAGGAACAGUGUAUGUUUUCCAGAUUCGUGCUUUUACUGCUGCUGGUUAUGGAAAUUACAGCCCCAGACUGGAUGUUGCCACAUUGGAAGAAGCCACAGCCACAGCUGUUUCCAGUGAGCAGAAUCCUGUUAUUAUCAUAGCUGUGGUUGCUGUGGCAGGAACUAUCAUCCUGGUCUUCAUGGUGUUUGGAUUCAUCAUCGGACGAAGGCAUUGUGGCUAUAGCAAAGCGGAUCAAGAAGGGGAUGAAGAACUUUACUUUCAUUUUAAAUUUCCAGGCACCAAAACCUACAUUGACCCUGAAACCUACGAGGACCCAAAUAGAGCUGUCCAUCAAUUCGCCAAGGAGCUAGAUGCCUCUUGUAUUAAAAUUGAGCGUGUGAUUGGCGCAGGAGAGUUUGGUGAAGUGUGCAGUGGGCGUCUAAAGCUUCCUGGCAAGAGAGAUGUUGCAGUAGCCAUAAAAACUCUGAAAGUUGGCUACACUGAAAAGCAGAGGAGAGAUUUUCUGUGUGAAGCAAGCAUCAUGGGACAGUUUGACCAUCCCAACGUGGUUCACCUAGAAGGAGUUGUUACCAGAGGGAAACCAGUCAUGAUUGUAAUAGAAUACAUGGAGAAUGGGGCCUUAGAUGCAUUUCUUAGGAAACAUGAUGGGCAAUUUACUGUCAUUCAGCUAGUGGGAAUGUUGCGAGGAAUUGCUGCUGGAAUGAGAUAUUUGGCCGAUAUGGGAUAUGUACACAGGGAUCUCGCAGCACGCAAUAUUCUUGUCAACAGCAACCUUGUUUGUAAAGUAUCAGACUUUGGCCUUUCCAGAGUUAUAGAAGAUGAUCCAGAGGCUGUCUACACUACAACCGGUGGAAAAAUUCCAGUGAGAUGGACAGCUCCAGAGGCCAUUCAGUACCGCAAAUUUACAUCAGCCAGUGAUGUGUGGAGCUACGGAAUAGUUAUGUGGGAAGUAAUGUCUUAUGGAGAGCGGCCUUACUGGGACAUGUCAAACCAAGAUGUUAUAAAAGCAAUCGAGGAAGGCUAUCGUUUGCCAGCACCCAUGGAUUGCCCAGCAGGACUGCACCAGCUGAUGCUGGAUUGUUGGCAGAAGGAACGCGGUGAAAGGCCAAAGUUUGAGCAGAUAGUUGGCAUUCUGGACAAAAUGAUUAGAAAUCCAAACAGCUUGAAAACCCCCCUGGGAACCUGUAGCAGACCAAUUAGCCCUCUUCUGGACCAGAACACUCCCGAUUUUACCACUUUCUGCUCCGUAGGCGAAUGGUUACAAGCUAUUAAGAUGGAAAGAUAUAAGGAUAAUUUCACAGCAGCAGGCUACAACUCUCUUGAAUCAGUUGCCAGGAUGACUAUUGAGGAUGUGAUGAGUUUAGGGAUCACGUUGGUUGGUCAUCAAAAGAAAAUCAUGAGCAGCAUUCAGACUAUGAGAGCACAAAUGCUACAUUUACACGGCACUGGCAUCCAAGUGUGAUAGACAUUUCUCCCUUAUGAGGGAGGUGACAGACUGAGAGAACAGCACUGGCCUUCAGUAUAUAUGAAGUGCUGCUAGAAGACACUUGAUUUCCUGGGUCCUUCCUGCAGUGAAUAGAAGAGCUACAAGAAGCACCUACAGACUUGAACUCCUAAGUGCCACCAGAAUUUAUGAAAAGGGAAUUAGGAUCCACCAGUGGUGGCAAGGAAAACAGCAGUGACAAUAAACAAAGUACUACCUGAAUAAACAUACAAACACCUUGAGCUCUCUAACCUCCUUUUUAUCUAAUAGACUUUUAAAUGUACAUAAAAAUUUAAAAAAGAAUAUAUUUGUCAGAUAAAAUCAUGAUAUUAUUGUUGAAUUCAACAAAAUAUUUUCCUUAAAUCUGUGAUUUCUGAACCUUUUUUUAAUCAUUUGUGUUUAUUCUUCAUAAAGACUUUCUUUUAGUAUGAUGUUUAUAUCUUUGGACCUUUUUAGUGCUAAUUCAAUGACACAUUACUACACUGGGUACCUCUGAAUUUGAGUUCCUAGAGAUUUAAGAAGCAUGACCAAGCAAUGUAUAUCUAUCCAAACUUUGGUAUCCCUUUGUGCCAUUUCCUUUUGUUAAAUCAACACCGUAUUGACAUGGCUAGCUAAUUGGCAGGGAGUCAGGAAAAUGCAAGUUGCCAAGAGCUCUGAUAUUUUUUAAAGAAUUUUUUAAGGUUAUACAUAUGCUAUCUUUUAAAAGAAAAUAAAAGAGAAAAAAAAGUAAGAAAAAAGAAAAGCAAUAAUGACCCCUAAGUAGUUCUAGGCACUUUUAGCAAAUUGUUUGCAAGAUGAUUUUAAUGGACUAGAGUUAAACUGAGAUAUAUUCUAAGAUGUAGAUCUACAACUGUAAACCUGCUGAGACACAGCAUUGAAUGGACAAGUGAUUGUAAGAGUGUCUCAGACUAUGGGUGCAGUUCUCCAGUGUUACCUAAACCAUUUAAUCUGAGCACAUCACGUUUCUUUUCAGUACUCUGCAUUAGCAAAUCUAAGAGAAGUAGCUGGUGUAUAUUUUCUAUGAGUUUAAGCCGUAUGCAGUCCAGUGGUCAGAAUAAGGACGUAGCUUUUAUAUGAGAACUGUAGAGCAUGAGACAAGGGGCAGUUCAGAAUUUUCAAUUUUUUUACAAGCUUUUGCUUCUCUGAACAAACAUGCGUGUGCGUGGUCACACAGACACAACAGUCAUUCAUCAGGAGCCGAGGUGCAAAGGUACUUGCUCAAUGGAAUAUCUUUUUACACCAUUUACUUAUAUGUAGGGUUUUUUGAUCAAAAUAUUUAAUUACCAUAAGCAAUAAUGAACAGAGUCUUUAGAGAUAUUGCAAGAAUGUACGUGAACCGGAGAGAAAUGCUUUAAAAAAAAAAUCUGAAAAUUGUGAACUACCCCAGCAAUGAAAUGCUGUACUUCCAAAGAGAAUUGGGCUGCUUCUAUUGAUUUUGAUAGAGAAAGAUCCCAGGGAUCAGUCAUAAAUUGGUCUGGUUUGAUAAUGUGGGCAUCCACACAAAAAAAAUAAAAAAAGAAAAACCUUGUAAAUGUUCCUUUGUAAAACUUGUAAAUUUUAUUUAUACUGUCUUGUUUUGUACACACAUUUAUGUGUAGUGAGCUCUGAAUACAUUGAAAAUGCACUAUAUUUUUCUAUUUUACUUGCAGAGCAUCACAAACAAACAUGUAUAUUCAGUGCUACAUAAUGUGUUUUCCCACAUUUAGGACCAAAGAUAGUUAUCAAAAACUUAAAUGCAUCCUUCUCCCCCCCUCCCUCCUUUUUUCCCCCCCUUUUUUAGAUCACUGUACAGUGUUAUAUUUGUCAUUUUAUUUAUUUGUUUCACUAGGAAAAUCAGUUUGGUUAUACUAAUUUUUUGUCCCCACCCACCUUUGUUGAAGAAAAUCUGUAAAAAGCUUUUAACUAGCAUAAUCCCGAUACAUAGACACUUCCAUUUGUAAUCUUUGUAAUAGACUGUAAAUAUAUUUUUGGAACUAUAAUGCAAUGUGCAUAAGGGUUAUUUUUCAGUGUCCAUAUAUGAUUGUUUAUACAAUUCACAGCACUUUACAGUCAUGCUGAGAAGCCUAAUUUAUUGCCUGGAUUUGGGCAGAGUAAGAAAAAAUGGUGACUAUUCUUAUUUCGUAUUAGAUUGUCAUUCAGUCGUAACGGAGUUAUUUUCACGUAUGCAGCUCAAGCUGUUUUUUUAACUAUUAAAAUUAAUUUUCUAAAAAAUCUGUAGGAGUAAGAUGCAGAGUAGACUGCAUGCCCAAUAUUGAAAUUAGUGCACCCAAGCACUCGGCCAAGGCACUUCAAGUAGCCAUUAGAACACAAUUAAAAAAUACACAAUUAUUAAACAUCCAUUUUGUGGUAUAACAAAUGCUGAGUGCCUCGCUACUGUGGUGAGCAUCUGUGGGCAGCUGGGCACAGCUGGGUGUUUUGGAGUCUUGUUGCUGCUUUAGGCACCCAGCUAGGAAUUUAGGAGUCUUUAAGUUCAGACACCUGCUUCCUUAUAAAUCUUGGCUACUGUUUCUAAGGGCUUGGUCAUCAAAGGUGCGAUGCAGCAAUGCUGAUAUUGCUGAAAAUCUAAAAACCCCAAAUGCAAAAGAAUUGAGGCCAGGCUUCACCUUUAGGACCUGUUCAAUAUUCUGAAGCACAGAGGCCUCGAAGCACGUGUGGUUAUUUGGGCUCACGCAUGUACAAGUGAGGGCCCUAAUGGUAUUUCUUCCUUAAUUUUCCUGGUUUGAUUUAAGCCAUCUUCUUUGAAUAGUAAAUAUAUUUUAGCAUUCAUCUAUAUACCUUGACUGCCUUAAUGUUGCCACAGAUUUUUACACAUUAGAAAGUGGUUGAGUAGACCCAGAAAGCACAAUUGCGAUCAACUGCAAUCAAUCAGAUAACUUAUCUACAUGUUCAGAUCAUUACUGCAUUAGAGCACAUGUGUGUAAAUGGAUUUGUAACUGGCAGAGCUGCAAAAUAUUGACAUCAGUUGCAGUUACCCAGGUUCCAGAAAACACAGUCCAGGGUAAGGAAAAAAAGUGCCAGAGAAAGUUGAUGCUCAUGGGAGGAACUGAAGAAUAGGUUGGGUCACAGGGAGAGUGAAAGGCUGAAUGAUGAAAAAAUUCAGUUCUGGCUUUAUUUCAAAGAAUUUGGACAUUGUGCAUUGCUAAUGACAGAUUACCAGGCUGUCAGUGAGACUCAUAUUUCUUGACUUUAUUCAUCUGCAAGAAUCUAGAAGAGAGAUGCCUAAAAAAAAGCAGGAUGAAACUCCCUUUGGGAAUGUUUAUCUCCAUUAGAUGUAGAAGGAAGCCAGAUGAUUAGCUUAAAUUAGGCAUCUAAUAUCUAUAUAGCUAAAGUUAGGUAAAAUGUGUCCUACCCUAUCUGUCCUUGGCUGCAACAGUUUUCCUUGUAAAGCCGAGUGUCAUAAAAAGGCAGCUCCUCCACCACUAGUAUAUACCAGAAUGUAUUUAAACUGGGCUUUAUUACAGAGAGAGAUGAUUUUUUAUUAUUAUUAUUAUUAUUCAGAGACUUGUAACACGCCAUCUAAAUGCUUUUUGUAUGUGGAUAUCAAUUCUUGAAAAUUUUUGUGAUUAUUCUGAGGAAGACCCGCCUAGUAAAUUACAGUUAUUUAAUAUUUUAAAUAAUCAGAAAUAUUUGCUGACAUACUGCUUUAGUCCAGAGGUUAUGUGAUCAGAUAUGAUAGUUGCUGUUUGCAAAACCAUGUUUAUCUAAAGCCUUGUCAUGUAAAAUCUCCAGGAGGCAAAGAUGCUUAAAUGUAUCUCAAAUUGAAUGUUGCCCUUAAUAUCUCAAUAAUUGAGCUCUGUCUGUAUUAUUUUCAACUUAAAAUGAGGUUUUUUAUAUUUGUUUAAGCUUGAAUUAUCUGGCAGCCACUGAGGGAGUUUGAAAAAGUGAUUUUAAAUUAAAUUUGCUUUUUUCCACUAAUAGUAAUAUACAAUGAAUAGUUUCCACUGUUUUGAAUGUUACAAAUCUAUUGCUUUAAUGUGGGGGAUGAACGGGGUUUAUUUUUGUUUUGUUGUUGGUAUUUUUUUACAUUUAUUGGUUAGUAGUUGAAAUAAAAAAAUAAUAA